AUGAGGGAAGAUCAGAGACUUGAGCUUAUAAAACUUUUCUUCAAGGAAAAGGGACUAGUCAGACAGCACAUAGAAUCAUAUGACUACUUUGUGGACCAUGAAAUAAAGGCUCUCAUGAGAGCAAACCAGAUUGUGGACUCUGAUAUCGAUCACACAUUUUACCUCAAGUAUCUGGAUAUUCGUGUUGGGAUGCCGAGUAUAGAGGAAAACAUGGUUAACUACAACGUGUUUCCAAUCGAAUGCAGGCUGAGGGACGUGACAUACUCUGCAAACAUUUAUGUUGAUAUAGAAUACGUAAGAAACAGGCAGAUAAUUGUAAAGAGAGAUGUUUGCAUUGGGAAGAUGCCUGUAAUGCUAAGGAGCAGCAGAUGUCAUUUGAGAAAAGAAGCAAAAGGUUCAAUAGAAGGAAGUAGAACAAGAGAUAGGAAGAUCAAGGAAUCGCAGGAAUGUCCUUUGGAUGUAGGGGGAUACUUUAUCAUUAGAGGAAUUGAAAGAGUAAUACUAAUACAAGAGCAGCUUUCAAAGAAUAGAAUCAUCAUUGAGUCGGGACCAAAGGGAUUGUUUGCUUCUGUUACAUCUUCUACAGACGAGCAUAAAAGCAAGACGUCGGUAACAAUUAAGGAUGAUUGCUAUUAUUUAAAGAACUCGAUGUUUAACGAAGAGAUUCCAGUGGUGAUAGUGAUGAAGGCUUUGGGCUUAACACAAGAUAAGGAGAUAGCCGAGUGUGUCGGAAAAGAAUAUUUUGAGAUUAUAGUCCCCAGUUUUGGUGAAUGCAUAUUAAAGGAAGUGUUCACAAAGGAACAGGCUCUUCUUUACAUAAGCAACUAUAUAAGGCUGAGGCCUGAAGACAAUAGAAUAGAGGAAGUUCUCACUAUAUUAUCUGAAAAAGUACUUCCAAAUGUUCAGAUAGAAGGAUGUAACUUGAGGAAGAAAGGGAUUUAUAUAGCACUAAUGAUUAGGAGGCUUACACAAACAAGGCUCAACAUACUUAAGGAGGACGACAAAGACUUUGUUGGAAACAAAAGAUUUGAGCUUGCAGGGCAGCUGCUAUCGAUUCUCUUUGAGGACACAUUCAAGAGGUUCAACUUUGAGCUGAAGAAGUCUAUAGAUAAAAUACUGAGUAAGAGGUCCAGAGCUCAAGAAUUUGAUGCAUUGACAUUCCUAAACUUACAAGCCAACAUGAUAACGUCUACCCUCUCAAGAGCGAUUUCAACUGGAAAUUGGAAUCUAAAGAGGUUCAGAAUGGAGAGAAGUGGAGUUACCCACGUUUUGUCGAGACACUCAUAUAUAUCUGCGGUGGGGAUGAUGACAAAGAUCAACUCUCAUUUUGAAAAGACAAGGAAAGUAAGCGGGCCUCGGUCACUCCACACGUCUUCUUGGGGUAUGCUUUGUCCCGUCGACACACCUGAAGGGGAGUCCUGUGGUCUUGUGAAAAACCUUGCCUUACUGGCAGAAAUAACAACCAAUUCUGACACAAGGCCGGUUCUGGACCUGAUAUUCAAGCUUGGGGCCGUGGAUAUCAACUCUGUUUACACCAGGGAAAUACAUCAGGAAGGCAUGUUUUCUGUAUUUCUUAACGGAGAUAUCGUCGGAAUAAUCGAUAAUGUGGACUUCUUUGUUGAGCAGUUCAAGCUUCACAGGAGAAAAGGACUCGUCGGAAAGUUUGUAUCUAUUUACAAGGUUAGAACUGAAAGGGUUAUUCAUAUAGCUUCUGAUAAUGGUAGAGUAUGUCGUCCGUUGAUUGUUAUUGAUAAGAAAAAGAUAAAUCAGAUGAUAGUAUCAAACGAAGUUGAUAAAUGCUUUGAGGCUUUGAACAUUCCGCAGAAGAUAGAGAUGGAGAAAGGAAAGUCCUUUCUUGAUUGCUACCUUAAAUACAGAUCGUUUUCUGAUCUCCUAGAAGAAGGUUUUAUUGAGUAUCUUGAUGUUAAUGAGGAAAACGAUUGCCUUAUUGCGCUUAGGCCUGAGGACAUAGUGGAAGAAACAACACAUCUAGAGAUCUCUGAGUUUGCGAUUCUAGGAUAUGUGGCAGGGCUGGUACCGUUCCCUCAUCAUAACCAAAGUCCUAGAAACACAUAUCAAUGUGCAAUGGGAAAGCAGGCUAUCGGCCACAUAUCUCUAAACGUCAAGAAGAGAUUUGACUCGGUUAUUCUACAACUCACAUACACACACCGGCCCAUGGUAUCUACAAAGAUACUAGAUCUCAUCAACUACAAUGAGAUACCUGCAGGGCAGAACGCAAUGGUUGCAGUCAUGAGUUAUUCUGGAUAUGACAUAGAAGAUGCUCUUGUCUUGAACAAAGCAUCGAUCGAAAGGGGGCUUUUUAGAGUAGAAGUAUACAAAACAACUACGACCUUGCUGAAAAAGCACAGUAGUGGUAUGUCGGAUGUUCUCUGGCCUAAUCCCAAAGAAAGUGUUUUAGAUGACGAUGGACUGGGAAAGCCUGGAAAGAUGGUGAAGGAUGGGACCAUCUAUGUAAAUAAGAUGUCACCUAUAGAUGGUGUGUACAAGUUUACAGGAAAAAUCCAUAGAGGAGAUCCUGCAUAUAUUGAUAAGGUUCUUAUUACAAGAUCCCAGGACCAAGUACUCAUAAAGACCAUGCUGCGUCAGACAAGGCCUCCUGAGAUAGGAGAUAAGCUCAGCAGUAGACAUGGGCAGAAGGGGGUUGUAGGACUAAUUGUUAGACAGGAGGACAUGCCAUUCAACGACCAAGGUGUUGUUCCAGAUAUCAUUAUGAAUCCUCACGGGUUCCCAUCGAGAAUGACCGUUGGGAAAAUAAUAGAGUUAAUUUCUGGUAAAGCUGGCGUAGUAGAAGGAAAAAUAUUUGACAGCACUGCAUUUAAGGAAAACUCUGUCGAGGAAACGUGUAAUAUCCUUGCCAGCCAUGGAUUUAGUUAUUCCGGAAAAGACUGCUUUACAAGUGGAACGACAGGUGCCCCAUUGACUGCAUACAUAUUCUUUGGCCCAGUAUUCUAUCAAAGACUUAAACAUAUGGUGGCAGAUAAAAUCCAUAUGAGGGCCCGAGGGCCUAGAGCAAUACUUACAAGACAGCCAACAGAGGGUAGAAGUAAGGAUGGAGGUCUGAAGCUAGGAGAGAUGGAACGGGAUUGUUUGAUAGGAUAUGGUGCGUCAUCUUUGAUUACAGAAAGACUGAUGAUAUCCUCAGACGUGUUUGAAGCUUAUGUAUGUAAAUCAUGUGGGGUGUUGGCUUUCAAAGACUGCUGUGUCGUCUGUAAGGACACAAAGCCCUCAAAGAUAAAGAUGCCUUAUGCAUGCAAACUCUUGUUCCAAGAGCUUAUGUCUAUGAACAUUCUUCCCAGGCUUCAUAUUGAAUGA